AUGGAGCCGACUGAGCUGCUCCUCGUGGUCAUGCUUCUCCUAACUGCAAGACUGGAUCUGUGCCUCCCGGCUCCCCCCGCCUGUGACCCCCGUCUCCUAAAUAAACUGCUUCGCGACUCCCAUGUCCUUCACAGCAGACUGAACCAGUGUCCAGACGUUAACCCUUUGUCCACACCUGUCCUGCUGCCUGCUGUGGACUUCAGCUUGGGAGAAUGGAAAACCCAGAAGGAGAAGACCAAGGCACAGGACGUUCUGGGAGCCGCGACCCUUCUGCUGGAGGGAGUAAUGGCAGCACGGAGACAACUGGGACCCACCUGCCUCUCAUCCCUCCUGGGACAGCUUUCUGGACAGGUCCGUCUCCUCCUUGGGGCCCUGCAGGGCCUCCUUGGAACCCAGCUUCCUCCACAGGGCAGGACCACAACUCACAAGGAUCCCAAUGCCAUAUUCCUGACCUUCCAACAACUGCUCCGAGGAAAGGUGCGCUUCCUGCUGCUUGUAGUAGGGCCCACCCUCUGUGUCAAGCAGGCCCUACCCACGACAGCUGUCCCAAGCAAUACCUCUCUAUUGCUCACACUGCACAAGCUCCCAAACAGGACUUCUGGAUUGUUGGAGACAAACUCCAGUGUCUCAGCCAGAACUACUGGCUCUGGACUUCUGAAGAGGCUGCAGGGAUUCAGAGCCAAGAUUCCUGGUCUGCUGAACCAAACCUCCAGGUCCCUAGACCAAAUGCCUGGACACCUGAACAGGACACACGGACCCUUGAUUGGAACUCAUGGACUCUUUCCUGGACCCUCACCCGUGGCCCUAGGAGCCCCAGACAUCCCUCCGGGAACUUCAGACAUGGACUCCCUGCCCCCCAACCUCUGGCCUGGAUAUGCUCCUUCCCCAACCCAUCCUCCUGCUGGGCAAUACACACUCUUCUCUCCUUCACCCACCUCGCCCACCCCCCCGGGCCAGCUCCAACCUCCAUCUCCUGACCCCACUGUCAUAGCCAACUCGACCAGUCCUCUUCUAAUUGCAGCCUACCCUCACUUCCAGAAUCUGUCUCAGAAGGAGUAAGGUACUCCGGCCCUGCCAGCAUCAGCACUGUCUCCAUGUAAAGUUCCCUUUCCAGGAGGGGAGGCCCUGGGAGUCAAGUUAUACCAGAUUUCCUGCUUUCACCUGAAACCCAAAGCCCUGCUAAAGGGGGAUACACGGGACAGAAAAGGGGAUCAUUUUUCACUGUAUAUUGUAAAACUUCAGAAGCUAUUUUUUUAAACUAUCAAUAAUAUUCACCAGAGCAGCUACUUAUCUUUGGUCUGUUUUCUCCACAAAUUUACAACUAAUUCUCUACGUGCUCUUUUUCAUACAACAAUUCUGCAAAGGGCUGGACCAGCCUGA